UCACACCAAUGUGUUGCCAACACAGAUGUCUGAUGCUGAGGGCCUCUGUGAAAGUGACUGGCUUUAAUAGUAAACACUUCACACAAAUGAAUGUAUAUCAUUUUGUGAUGUUAAAUCAGCUGAUAAAAACUAAGGACUGAUUAUUUUUUUGUUUUGUUUGUGCUGAAAACAUGUUUAAUAAAAAAAGGGCGCAGGUUUAAUAAGCUAGAGUUUCAGUCUGGAUGCAACUGAACCCCCCCCCCAAAUUUGUGUAAUUUUAUUUACAAUCAUUCACAAAGUUUUUCUUUACAUUAAGAUGCGCAAAAAUGACAUAAAUUGCAAAAAUGAAUGGCAGAGAGGAAAAGUGCAAAGUUCAUUUUUCUUAUUAUUAUCAUAAUGAAAGGACAAAUUCACCUCAGCACAUGCAUGUUGUAUUUGAAAUUAAUGCCAGUCCUUUCUAUCAUUUAUGUAAUUUAAUGUGAAUUUAAAGAUGAGAUAUUUAUCUUCAUGUCUGGGAUGAAUAUAAAUAUGUUACAGAAGCCAAGACGAUAAAUAUGACUUAUAAAAACUGAAACACACAAUAUGACAAACAAAAAGGUAAAUCUCGUAACAUAAUAAACUGAGGAAAAUAAAAAUAACGGAUAAAAUCUUUUUUAAAGACUAAUAAUGAACAAAAUAAAAUAAUAAUGGUCAUUUGGUACGUUAAAUUAAGCAGCGAGUGUAGUUACACUCCGGGCCCGUGGGGGCGGUAAUGAGCUGGAAACUGAGCCGCCCAAUAAAAAGAAGAAGCUGCGUUGCAGCUGGCCAAUCAGCGUACAGCAGUGCAAAGCAGGAAGCGGUUGAAAGCGAGCAGGACCUGCAUGGAGAGGAUAUUUUAGUACUUAAUCGUAAUUAUUCUGACAGGUAAACAGUUUUAUUUACAGCGUGUCAUAGUAUCAGCUUCCGGUGUGACGUUAGCCUGUGAGCGGUUUAGUCUGCAGUCUGUUAGCGGUUAACGGUGGUUGGCUAGUUAGAUAGAUAGUUAGUUAGGUGGUGGUUAGUUAGUUAUUGGGUUUUCAGGUAAGUGAAAGGUUAUUUUCAGAUCUCAGAUCAGCUGUUAGUGAGACACGUGACCAGCUGAAACCUGCAGAGUGAACACCUGCAGCUGUGAAUGUGAAGCUCAGUCUGAACCUUUGAUCAGACUGGAACCUUUGGACCUGCUGAUACACCUGUGAUACACCUGCGUGUCUGUCCUCGGGGCUGAUGAUGGACCCACCACACACAGACUUCUUCUACUGCUGCGGAGCCGCCACGGAGCUGCUCAGGUUUGGAUCCUGCCCCCUAACCUCUGCACACAAGGUGCUCUUCCUCAUCAUCCCAGGUAACCCAGGUGUGGUGGGCUUCUACAGGACCUUCAUGCAGACGCUCCACAGCAGGUGUGGCUACCAGCACCCGGUGUGGGCCGUAAGCCACGCCGGCCACUGCGCUCCUCCGGCCUCCAUGGACAUGAUCGAAGACGGCGCCUCGGCGGCAGAGGACGACGUGUUCGGUCUGGACGGGCAGGUCGAACACAAGCUGGCUUUCCUCAGGAAUCACGUUCCCAGAGAAACCAGCCUGGUCCUGAUCGGUCACUCCAUCGGCUGCUACAUCAUUCUGGAGAUGAUGAAGAGAAAUCCUGAGCAGAAGGUCCUGAAGGCGCUCCUGCUGUUUCCCACCAUCGAGCGCAUGGCUCAGAGCCCUCAGGGGAAGGUCAUGACCCCCGUGCUGUGUCACAUGCGUUACGUGGUCUACCUGCCCCUCUUCCUGCUCUCGCUGCUGCCCGACAGGCUCAAAGUCGGCCUCAUCAGACUGAUGCUGGGGGGAAUCCGCUCUCUGGACCUCACUGUGGUGCAGCCCACCCUGGGUCUGCUCAGUGGAGACUCUGCAGCCAAUGCCAUGUACCUGGGCGGGCAGGAAAUGAAGAAAGUUCUAAAAAGAGACGACACGACUAUCGGGAAACAUCUCGACAAGCUGAUAUUUUAUUACGGAGCGACUGACCACUGGUGCCCGCUGCAGUAUUAUCACGAGAUCAAGCAGGACUUUCCUCUUGGCGACUUCAGGCUGUGUGAAAACGGCUUCCGUCACGCCUUCGUGCUGGACGCCGGACGCGAAGUCGCCGAAAUGGUGUUUGAAUGGAUCUGUGAAGAUUUAAGGAGCCGAGUUCCCGGUGACCAAAAUGCUUCAUUCAGCGCCUCAGCUGGACGUUUGUAACGAGACCACAGAGCCAAACCAGAGGUUCAUGUUGUCUUUGUGUAAUAAGAUGUGCAGGCGUGGAAGCUGUACAAGUUUGUGCUCAGUGAAAACACUAAACACAGCAUCAGCCUUUAGAGGCCUGUAGCUGUGACCACAUGCAACUCUUAUAUCUUGGCAAAUCAUAUCAGUGUAUGAAUGUGAGCGUGAAUGAAUAGUGGCAUUGUAAAGCGCUAUAUAAAUCCAAUCCAAUCCAUUAUAUAAAAAUGCACAACGAUUGCAUGAGGGCGCUCAUCAUAGAGACCAAACAUUUUUUAAAGUUUUGAAAAUUUACAGUGAAAUUUCAAAGAAGUCCAGAUGAAGCCGCAGAUGUGAGGAACAGUAUUUUUAAUCCAUGUGAAAUAACUGCUGUAAUAUUAACUGUUGUUUAUCAUUUUGGGAAUAAAUGAAAACUUAAUUUAUUAAACA